AUGACACGCCGCUCGCCCUCGUCCGUCGUCGACUCAUACUCGACGCUGCCCGUUCGCCAGUCGCCGGCAUCAACAUCAUCGCCCGCGGCAUUCUACGACUUCGCCAACCCAGCGGCCAUGGGCCCCGCGACUCCCAGCGACGUCGCCCGCAACAGCCGCAGCACCGCCUCGACCACGUCCAAGGCAUCGCAGUGCUUCCUCCUCGCCGACAUGGACGGCCGCAGCGUCCGCGACAACCGUGCCUGCACCACCUGCAUCGCCCAGCUGCGGCCGCACGAGGUGUCCCAGAUCAACUGGCACCUCGACAACGACGACGACUGCCGCCUCUGCCAGGUCGCCGCCACCAAGCCCGAGGCCUUUACCAAGCCCUUUUGCGACUUUCUGACCGAGAACCCGACCGUCUUCCACACCGUCGACUACUGCAAGACCAAGCUCCACAGCGCCGGCUAUCAAGAGCUCCCCUCUCGCGAGUCUUGGGCCGGCAAGAUCCAUGCUGGUGGCAAGUACUAUGUCUCCCGCAACGGCAGCUCCAUCAUUGCCUUUGCCGUUGGCCGUGGCUACAAGACCGGCCAGGCCCCCGGCUUCGCCAUGGUCGGUGGCCACAUUGACGCCCUCACCGCGCGCCUUAAGCCUGUCAGCACCAAGCCCAACAAGGCCGGCUUCCUGCAGCUCGGCGUCGCGCCCUACGCCGGCGCCCUCAACGAGACCUGGUGGGAUCGCGACCUGGCCAUCGGUGGCCGCGUCAUCGUGCGCGACCCCAAGACUGGCAAGACCUCGUCGCGCCUCGUCCGCCUCGACUGGCCCAUUGCCAAGAUCCCCACGCUCGCGCCGCACUUUGGCGUCGGCAUGAUGGGCCAAAAGAACAAGGAGACGCAGGCCGUCCCCGUCGUCGGCCUCGAGAGCACCGGCGACAAUGCCCAGACCGAGCGCCUCGGGCCCGAGGGCGCCUUUGUCAACACCCAGCCACCCAAGCUGGUCAAGCUCAUCUCCAAGGAGCUCGGCGUCAAGUCGUACACCGACAUUGUCAACUGGGAGCUCGAGCUCUACGACGCGCAGCCCGCCCAGACCAUCGGCCUCGACCGCGACAUGAUCUCAGCCGGCCGCAUCGACGACAAGCUCUGCUCGUGGGGCGCCCUCAUGGGCCUCCUCGCCACCGACGACGACGAGGACGACACGUACGUCAAGAUGACGGCGCUCUUUGACGACGAGGAGAUUGGCUCCAAGCUGCGCCAGGGCGCCGGCGGCUCGUUCCUCCCCUCGGUCGUCGAGCGCACUGUCGAGGCGCUCAACCCGGACACGUACGGGCCCGGCCUCCAGGGCCAGGUCUACGCCAAGUCGUUCCUCCUCUCCGCCGACGUCUCGCACGCCGGCAACCCCAACUUUCUCGGCGAGUACCUACCCGAUCACACGCCGCAGCUCAACGUCGGCAUCGUCGUCGCCGGCGACUCCAACGGCCACAUGACCACCGACGCAGUCUCCACGGCCAUCCUGUCCCGCGUCGCCGAGCUCGUCGACCACCGCCUCCAGCCCUUCCAGAUCCGCAACGACUCCCGCUCCGGCGGCACCAUCGGCCCCAUGCUCUCCAGCUUCAUGGGCUGCAAGGCCGCCGACGCCGGCAUGCCCCAGUUGAGCAUGCACUCGGUCCGGGCCACCACCGGCUCGCUCGACCCCGGCCUGGGCGUGCAGUUCUUCAAGGGCUUCCUGGACCACUGGGAAACGGUGGACGGCGAGUGGGAGCAUUAG